UUCUCACGGCGUUUGUCCUCAGAGGCCGCGGCGGGGCCGGCGCCGCCAUGGGGGAGCUGUUCCGCAGCGAGGAGAUGACCCUGGCCCAGCUUUUCCUGCAGUCCGAGGCCGCGUACUGCUGUGUCAGCGAGCUGGGCGAGCUGGGCAAGGUCCAGUUCCGCGAUCUGAACCCGGACGUGAACGUGUUCCAGCGCAAGUUCGUCAAUGAAGUCCGGAGGUGUGAGGAGAUGGAUCGAAAGCUCCGGUUUGUUGAGAAGGAGAUUAAAAAAGCAAAUAUUCCUAUCAUGGACACUGGUGAAAACCCAGAGGUGCCUUUUCCACGUGACAUGAUCGACUUGGAGGCAAACUUUGAAAAAAUUGAAAAUGAGCUUAAAGAAAUCAACACGAACCAGGAGGCGCUGAAGAGAAACUUCUUGGAGCUGACAGAGUUAAAAUUCAUCCUGCGUAAAACCCAGCAGUUCUUUGAUGAGGCUGAAUUGCAUCAUCAGCAGAUGGCGGAUCCAGACCUGUUGGAGGAAUCCUCGUCGCUCCUGGAACCAAGCGAGAUGGGAAGAGGUGCCCCGCUACGACUUGGGUUUGUGGCCGGUGUGAUCAACCGGGAGCGGAUCCCCACCUUCGAGCGCAUGCUGUGGCGAGUGUGCCGAGGGAACGUGUUCCUGCGCCAGGCAGAGAUUGAAAACCCCCUGGAGGAUCCAGUGACGGGGGAUUAUGUGCACAAGUCUGUGUUUAUCAUCUUCUUCCAAGGCGACCAGCUGAAGAACAGAGUCAAGAAGAUAUGUGAAGGAUUCCGUGCCUCCCUCUACCCAUGCCCCGAAACACCCCAGGAACGGAAGGAAAUGGCUUCUGGUGUCAAUACCAGAAUUGAUGAUCUUCAGAUGGUGCUGAACCAAACGGAGGAUCAUCGGCAGCGGGUCCUGCAGGCAGCUGCCAAAACCAUCCGCGUGUGGUUCAUCAAGGUGCGCAAGAUGAAGGCCAUCUACCACACCCUGAACCUCUGCAACAUCGAUGUCACGCAGAAGUGCCUCAUUGCUGAAGUCUGGUGCCCUGUGGCUGACCUCGAUUCCAUCCAGUUUGCUCUCAGGAGAGGCACUGAGCACAGUGGAUCCACUGUCCCAUCCAUUCUAAACAGGAUGCAAACCAAUCAGACCCCACCAACAUACAACAAAACUAACAAGUUUACUUGUGGCUUUCAAAACAUUGUUGAUGCUUACGGCAUUGGGACGUAUCGGGAAAUAAAUCCAGCACCCUAUACGAUCAUUACCUUCCCCUUUCUGUUUGCUGUGAUGUUUGGAGAUUUUGGCCAUGGAAUCCUGAUGACUCUGAUUGCUGUUUGGAUGGUGCUUAGGGAAAGUCGGAUUCUCUCACAGAAGAGUGACAAUGAGAUGUUCAACAUGGUUUUUAGUGGCCGAUACAUCAUCCUGCUGAUGGGGCUGUUCUCCACCUACACCGGCCUCAUCUACAACGACUGUUUCUCCAAGUCCCUGAAUUUCUUUGGCUCAUCGUGGAGCGUCCGGCCCAUGUUCAUAAAAGGCAACUGGUCAGAUGCCUUGCUAGAGACCACUCCUCUGCUGCAGCUGAACCCUGCCGUUCCCGGCGUGUUUGGUGGCCCCUACCCCUUCGGCAUUGACCCGAUUUGGAAUAUUGCCAGCAAUAAGCUGGCUUUCCUCAACUCCUUCAAGAUGAAAAUGUCUGUGAUUCUUGGCAUUAUCCACAUGCUCUUUGGCGUCACACUGAGUCUUCUCAACCACAUCUAUUUUAAGAAGCCACUGAACAUAUACCUGGGAUUUAUUCCAGAGAUGAUUUUCAUGUCGUCACUCUUUGGAUACCUCGUUAUUCUCAUUUUCUACAAGUGGACAGCCUACGAUGCUCACACCUCCAAGGAUGCACCAAGCCUUUUAAUACACUUUAUCAACAUGUUUCUCUUCUCCUAUAGUGACACCAGUAAUAAGAUGCUUUAUAAGGGGCAGCAAGGCCUCCAGUGUUUCCUUGUGGUGGUGGCGUUACUGUGUGUGCCCUGGAUGCUGGUAGCUAAACCCCUGGUCCUUCGCCAUCAGUAUUUAAGGAGAAAGCACUUGGAAGGGCAGCCCGUGGAGGCCCAGGUCAGCCCAGUCCCGAACGAGCAGGCACUAGAGGCAGCAGCGGCUGCAACAGGGACACACAACUUCGGUGGGAUCCGGGUGGGCAACGGCCCGACUGAGGAGGAUGCUGAGAUCAUUCAACAUGACCAGUUAUCUACCCAUUCCGAGGAGGGGGAGGAGUUUGACUUUGGGGACACCGUGGUGUACCAGGCCAUCCACACCAUCGAGUACUGCCUGGGGUGCAUUUCAAACACUGCAUCCUACCUGCGGCUCUGGGCUCUCAGCUUGGCCCAUGCACAGCUCUCGGAGGUGCUCUGGACCAUGGUGAUCCACACUGGCCUCAGCGUGAGGAGCCUGGGGGGAGGCCUGGGCCUCUUCUUCAUCUUCGCUGCUUUCGCUACCCUGACGGUGGCCAUUCUGCUGGUCAUGGAGGGGCUCUCUGCUUUCCUCCAUGCUCUUCGCUUGCACUGGAUUGAGUUCCAGAACAAGUUCUACACUGGCACUGGAUUCAAGUUCCUCCCCUUCUCCUUCGAUACCAUCCGCGAGGGGAGGUUUGACGAUUAAGUGACCCCCCUUCAGCAGUGCUCCUCGUGGCCCGUGUGUCCCAGUUGCAUGUAACCCUCCUAUAGUGAACGUAACUUAUUGCAGCACCCCAGAGCUUUGUCUCCGGGGUAGUGAGUGACACUGGAUCA